AUGUCGGAGGCAGUCAUUGUAAUAACCCUGAAAAUCCAAAUUUCAUCGAGUGAAUCCAGAGUUAGGAAGAAAAUAGUCCACAGGAAGAACAGUCGCGUCGCGGGUCGAAGGAAUCGAGUCGCGGUAAGUCUGUCGUGUCGCGGGAAAGAAAGUGUCGAGUCAUGGGUAAGUUGUGCCGUGUCGCGGGAAAGAAAGUGUCAAGUAGCGGGUAAGUUGUGCCAUGUCGCGGGAAGGGAAGUAUCGAGUCGUAGGAUGGAAAUUAUCGAGUCGCGUGAAGGUUCAGACAAGCGUGGGGGUAGCGCUUUGUUUAUUCUGUGGCGAACAACGAGAAGCAUGGGUAGCGCACAUACCAAGGGGAGCGUGGGUCGGAGACAGCGUGCUGUCCGGUCGUGCCGCGUGACCCACGGGUAA